AGACCCAAUUCGUUCAAGAAUCUGGCACUUUUGACUGACUGGUCACUGACAGCCUUUAGACCCAUAUACAGAGAGAAGCAAAAUCAGGGCAAACUGACUGUGUCAUUCACACAAGUAGUUUAUACUGCAGACUGGUGCUUAUUUAUGAAUAGACAGGAAAUGUAUAAAGAGGGGAGAGCUUUUGUGUUCAGAGAUUGAAUUGCUCUGUGAUUCAUGCUCAGCUUCAUUGUCAAAAACACAAAGUUUGGUGGUGGUAUUUUUUUUUUCAUAUCUCCCGAAUGUUUCUUUCAAAACGCACUGAGGACUGCGACUGCUGAUAGGAAAGCGUUCCUUAAUAUACACACACACAGGCACUUGACUUCUUUUUCGUAUUGCUGUGCGUUGCUGGUUAGGGAUCGCUAAAACAUUGGCUUUGAUGGUCGUCACAGGGUAUGCUUGCAAUCUCAAGUGCUUGUGAAUGAAAAAGACAUUUUCUAUUGAGUUGGCUGAGAGUCGCAACUUUUACUUUUGCUAUACACAUGUGAUCUCAUUACAAGAAUUCUGUCGGAAUGAAGGACUCCUUGUCUUUGGUUAACAAGGUCUGCUCUCAGACAGAACCUGGACCAAUGACACAGACUGAUGCCAAUGCUAAUCAACUCCCAAGAUGCAAGCCACCUGUGCCGAGGAAGCCAUCCAUCAGCCCCAAACCGGCUAACCUUUCGCGGUCACCCAGUGCCCCAACCAAUCAAGAUGGUACGGCACGAAACUCCCCUCCUCCUCUACCAAUAACACCUCCAAAUAGUGGAUUGAGAAAAACAAAGAGCACAUCUAAUGCCAGAAGCACACCACUCAGCACAUCAGCACAUAUGUCAAGCACAAAUCAUGCACAACCAGAUUUUAGCACAUCAAACUGCAAUCAGAUAACCAUUAAUGGAACAUUUGACCAAACAAAUUCAUCUUCACAGAAUGUGGACCAAUCACAUUUACCAAGUUACACAUGUGACCAAAAUCAGAAUGCAGCAUCAUCAAAUGAGGACUUGACCAAAUUCCCCAAAAGCCAAAGUUUUUCAAAAGCCCCCAAACCAAGACUCCCGAGAACUUCUUCCAAUUCUAAGGUCAACCAGAACUGCAGCCCGCUUUCUUCAAACUCAAAUUCUCCAAAUGUGGUCAGAAAAUCAAAGGAUCCUGUGUCAAAAAGUACUUUCUAUGAUAAUGAAUGUAAUUCAGUAGAAACCCAUUCUGGAAAGAGCUGCUUUUAUGUUGCAUCAGAGGAUUCAGGGAGCAAGACAACUGUGUCUGACAACCAGGCUGAUAAACAAGCAGCUUGUGUGGAUAAGAAAUCUUUGUCUGAAACUGCUUCCCAUUUCAAUGGAGAAAACACCAUUACCAACUCUACUAAGAAACCUGCCAAAAUUCCACCCAAAGUUCCUCCAAAAGUCAGUCCAAAAAGAGUGGGAAGCCAGAAGAAUCUCUCUGCUUCUGUUGAUUCUCAACCAAAACUUGUUCCUUCAUCCACUUCUGAGUGUGUGUCAAAGAACGUUGAAGUAAGGGUGGCAGAAACUUCGGCAUUACCUUCUGGAGAUGAUAGUGGGCAUUGUUUGAAAGUGGAGAUAGACUCUGCAUCACAAGAUGUGAAUGGAAACUCUAAUGUUGCUGAGGUACAGACAUUGAGUCCCAGUAUCGGGGGUAAAACUCCAUCUCCAAGACCAAGACCCCAGCCCAAACCCAGGAAAAGUAUGACCCCAAGUCCAAGGAAGGUAGGGGAAAAAUUUGAAGAUGAUAUUAAAAGUGAUGAAAGUAAGUCAGUUGAUCCCACACCAAAGAAAGAAACAGAUGCUGACAAACUGAGCAAUGAUGUUGGUAAGGUGUCUGAAAGUGUGGAUGAAGUGACAGAGAUUGUAGUUGAAGUGAAAGACAAUGUGGAGAAAGUUUUAGAAAAUGUGGAAAAUAGUCAAAGUGAAAAGGGAAUAUCCUGUGAAUGUAACAAAGAAGAAAAAGUGAACGACUUGGAACAAAAAUGUCAUGUGAAUAAUCCCCUUGACAUGACUUUUAGGACAUCUGAAGCCAAACCAUCUAAGGAAAGUCUUGUGGACCAAACUAGUAUUGUCUGUGAUAAAACCAAAUUUAAUGAACCCUUAGAUCAACCUGAGAUUAUUACUCAAGACAGUGUGAAGCAAAGUGACGAACCUGUGCUUUCUGCUGUGGAAGAAGAUAAUUCAGCAGGAAAUGUUGUGCAGAGUGAUUCAAAGAACCCUGUGGAUAUAUUAGGGGAGGAUCUUCCAGAGACUUCAUCCCUUUUGGAUGAGAUUGAAAAAAUUGUCACAAAGAGGAUGAGUAGUCUUGAAAACCCUGUGCAGGAAGAUAUGGAAGAGAAAAAUCAAAACUUACCCAUCAGACCCCCCAGACCAAAGCGCGAGUCCAAGAAAACGUUUUCCAUAUGUUUGGAUGGGAACCCAGUGGAAGGGGAUUUCAGGGGUUCCACAUCAUCUGUAAAUGAAAUGCCCCCACCUAGUAGUAAGAAACCACCAAAACCUAAAAGACAAAAGCUCAACAAGAAUGUUGUAAGCAGGAGUCAGUCGGAUGUGUCUGGAAUCCGUUCACAUGGGCUGGAUCUGUGUAGCAAAGAGAUAGACAUUGACGCCAGUGAGGAUGACAAAGACAAGAAUGGUCCUGUUGUGCCCCCUAGAAGAACGCAAGCCAAAAGUGGAGGGAAAGGUAGAAGUUUGACUGUGGAUUUCUGUGUGCCAGCUAACCAGCAUGCUUUGCUGAGGGAAAUUGCUUUGGCAGACCAUAGAAGGGAACUGGAGGCUUCUUCAAGUCCAAAAAGUCCACAGUCAUCACAAAGUGUUGAAAACCUGCACAGCCAGACAAGCUUGCAAAACACGAAUCGACAACUCCGUCCCUCGCGAAAAGCACCUCCACCCCCACCCCCCUCCAUAGACUCCACUCCUAAAUCCACAAAAACUGACAAAAAAGAUUCCACAGAGGAUAUCUGUCAUCCACACAAUAACAGUAUGUUUGGUGGCUCUCUUUCAGCCCCCACAAUAAGUGAUGAUGACACCAGUAGUGUGGAAGCUCAUGAGUAUCACUACAUCCCAGAGGACUUGAUUAAUCCACCAUCUGCUGACUCCACUCUCCACAGAGAGAAAUCACCUUCUCCACCUGAUCUUCCACCUAGGACCUACAACACAAGUCUUUCUACUUCAACCUCUCUGAUUAGUCAGUCUGUUUUGAAUGAUAGCUGUCUGUCAGAUAAGGACCGCCCAGUGAGUGUGGUUAGCGUCUUCAGCAGCCAAUCAGAAAGUGGCUCAUUUGGACAUGGAAAUGAUGAAUCAAGCUCAGAGGAUUCAGAAACUGAAAGUAGUGAAGACAAGAUUGCCAGGAAACGGGCCAAGAAAGUGUUCUACAUCGCUAAAGAGAUCUGUUCCUCGGAGGAAGUUUUUGUUGACGUUUUGAAGCUCUUGAACCUGGAUUUCCGAGUGUUCGUUUCGCAGGCCACAGAAGCCAGUGGUAAGCCUGUGAUUCCUAAUGAAGUCCUGAACAAGAUCCUGAACUAUCUUCCCCAGCUACAGAACCUGAAUGAGGAGCUACUGAAAGAUCUACAGACCAGGGUGGCCAAAUGGGAGGAUUGUCCCCAGGUGGCAGACAUUUUCGUAAGGAAGGGACCAUUCCUCAAGUUGUACACUUCAUAUAUUAAGGAUUUCUCGGAAGCCACGGAUAUCAUGGACGAGGCUUGUAAGAAAUAUCCCUCAUUUCUCACCGCAGUCAAACAGUUUGAGAGAAGUCCCCGAUGUGCCAAUUUAGGAUUGAAACAUUACAUGUUGAAACCCAUUCAGAGAAUUCCACAGUACAAACUACUGCUUCAAGAUUAUCGGAAGCACUUGACUCCGGAGUCUCCGGAUUAUCAGGAUACGAUAGUUGCACUGAAGAUUGUGUCAGAUGUUGCAGACCAUGCAAAUGAGAGCAUGCGGCAGGGGGAUCAUGUACAGAAGAUGUUGGAGAUCCAGAAAUCAGUGGAGGGGAACUAUGAGGUCAUCAAACCUGGCAGGACCUUUCUGAAAGAAGGAGAGUUAAUGAAACUGUCCAGGAAAGAGAUGCAACCCAGGAUGUUCUUUUUGUUUAAUGAUGUCCUGUUGUACACUUCCCCCAUUGCCACGGGAGGAUACAGAUUUAACAACGCCCUUACCUUGGUCGGAAUGAAAGUGAGCAAGCCAAAGAGAGAUGACCUGAAGACUGAGUUCAACAUCAUCAGCAUACAGCGCUCAUUUAUGGUGAUCGCAAAGAACGAGGAGGAGAGGAACAGUUGGGUGGACAUGUUACAGAGGGCUAUAGACGACCAGACGCAUCGCAGGAACACGUUCGAAAACGGGAAAACCGGCGGACAGUCUUUCUACGACAUCUACGACGUGAACUAUGAGCUGGGCUCCAAGGCCCCUAUCUGGAUCCCUGACACGCGUGUCACCAUGUGUAUGAUCUGUACGUCAGAGUUCUCUGUCACGUGGAGGCGACAUCACUGUCGAGCGUGUGGGAGGGUGGUGUGCUCUAACUGUUCAGAUAACAGGGCCCCCUUGGAGUACCUCAGGAAUAAAUCGGUGCGAGUCUGUGAAGAGUGUUUCCAGAAACUCCAGACAGCUUUAGAAGAGAAGGAGAAACAUCAUUGUUUGGAUGACAAGUUUACGCAGGGUCAGGACGGGUCAUUUCUCAGUCUAGGGAACUUGAAGGAGAGAUUUCGACAAAUUCGACGCAGUGCCCGGUUCACACACCAUCCGACAACAAAGAGACCGGGCCGACUCAAAAUUCAUGCCAGUGACCCGGAAGCCACCAUCAGCGGCUACCUGUUCAAGUGGCACAAGGACAAGAAGUGGAAGAAGUACUGGUUCGUGAUGAAGGACAAGGUCCUCUACACAUUCAAGGCUUCAGAGGAUGUGAAUGCUAUAGACAGUGUGUCUGUCCUGGGCUAUGAAAUAUGUCACUACACAGAGGUUUUCGAGGGAAUACCAGCUAAUCUGUUGUUCAACAUGAAACAUAAAAACCAGCCACCAAUCAUCUUCCACUCAGAGGAUGAAGUCACGGCCACAAGGUGGAUACAAGCUAUGGAGGAAGCUUCACAACUGAAGACCUGACCGCAAAGUGGUGUGAAAAUCUCAACUCGUAACUCGUUGUGGUUCCAAUGAUCUCAGACAUCUCGGCAAUUCUCGCAGCUGAAUAUCCCGUAUCUCGCUGUCGUCGGUACAUGUAGUGGAGGGCUGCCUCAGUUACAGAGUGCUGACAUCAAAACAUCCACAAGCUACUGGUCGUAAGUGGUCCAUCAAUGUGUGUCAAACAGACAAUAACUUCAGCGCGGGUAGAACUAGGUUGCAGACUCUGGUUCAUGUAAAUGCUAGCUAGCUAAGGUUGAAAAAUAGUUG